AUGGAAGAUGUGUCAAAAUAUGCACACAGUCCUGCACAUUUGGCAGUCGUGCAGCAUGACCAUGCUGUUCUGAAAGGGAUUGUUGCUUCCCUUCCUCGACUGGCCAAGGCAGGAGAGGUGAAUACAGAGACCGAGUCGUUGGCUGCUGAGGAGGAUGCUGAUGCUGUAUGUGCAGUAAUUGAUAGGCGGGAUGUGCCGGGCAGGGAAACUCCUUUGCACCUUGCAGUGAGGCUUAAUGAUGCAACUUCUGCAGAGAUUUUAAUGUCAGCAGGUGCUGAUUGGAGUCUUCAGAAUGAAAAUGGAUGGAGUGCACUUCAGGAAGCAGUGUGUAAUAGGGAGGAGAAUAUUGCUAUGAUAAUUGCAAGACACUACCAUCCUCUUGCCUGGGCCAAAUGGUGCCGUAGACUUCCUAGGAUUGUGGCGUCUGCAGCUCGGAUUCGUGACUUUUACAUGGAGAUAACCUUCCAUUUUGAGAGCUCGGUGAUACCAUUUAUUGGUAGGAUUGCUCCGUCAGACACUUACAGGAUAUGGAAACGCAGUUCUAAUCUCCGUGCAGAUAUGACUCUUGCUGGGUUUGAUGGAUUCCGAAUCCAACGGUCUGAUCAAACUUUUCUCUUCCUUGGAGAGGGCUGUUUUUGUGAAGGUGGAAAUAGAUCUUUGCCUCCUGGUUCUUUGAUAGUUCUCUCCCAUAAGAAGAAAGAAAUCACAAAUGCUUUGGAGGGAGCUGGAGUUCAACCAUCAGAAGCUGCAGUUGCCCGUGAAGUGGCUUACAUGUCUCAAACUAAUAUGUACAGACCGGGAAUUGAUGUUACUCAAGCUGAGCUUGCUCCACAUUUGAAUUGGAGACGACAGGAGAGGACUGAGUCGGUUGGAGCUUGGAAGGCCAAGGUUUAUGAUAUGCUUCACGUGUCAUUGAGCGUGAAGUCAAGGCGAGUUCCUGGUGCUAUGACUGAUGAGGAGCUUUUUGCGGUGAAUGAUGAUGAUAGAAUAGCAAAUGUUGUUAGACAUGAUGAGUACAGUGAUGUUUUAACCGCUGAGGAAAGAAUGCAGCUAGAUUCUGCUCUUCGCAUGAAGAACUCUGACGGUCUUGAGGAUGAUGAGGAACCUGAGUUUCAGGAUAGCCACGAAAAUUAUAAUGGGGAUUCAUUUGAAUCUUGUAAGUCAAAUGUUGUUAAGAAAGAGGAGAAAAGUUGGCUCGGUUGGAGCAAGAAAGGUUUGAAGAAUACAGGAGAUGUUCCUGAUGAUUUAAAGAUUAGGAAAAAAUUCUUCAAGUUGGCACCAGAUGAUAGAAAGCAGAGACUCAACGAAAAUGGCCUAUCAUCGUCUGAGUUUCUCAGGGAGGAUAUUGGGAACUUUAAAAAAUCCAAUGACAAAAGCAGCAAGAAGAAAGGGGCCCCUAGUGGGUCAAAGAAUGAGAGCGAGUAUAAGAAAGGUCUAAGACCAGUUAUGUGGUUGACACCAGAUUUUCCUUUGAAAACAGAGGAACUCUUGCCUUUACUUGACAUACUGGCUAACAAGGUGAAAGCUGUUCGGAGACUAAGAGAGGUUUUGACUACUAAAUUUCCUCCUGGCACCUUUCCGGUCAAGAUUGCCAUCCCAAUUGUCCCAACCAUUCGGGUCCUAGUGACAUUUACAAAGUUUAAGGAGCUUCAGCCAAUGGAGGAGUUUUCGACCCCACUCUCCAGUCCCGUGCAUUUCCAAGAUGCCAAAUCUAAGGACAUCGAAGGUUCCACAUCAUGGAUUUCAUGGAUGAAGGGAAGUAGUGGGGAACAAUUAAGUGAAAGUCGAAGCUUCGGAGAUGAUAUUGACCCUUUUGACAUACCGUCUGACUAUGCAUGGGUAGAUGCAAAUGAGAAAAAACGGAGGAUGAAAGCAAAGAGAGCAAAACACAAGAAACAUAAAAAUCCUGCUGCUGCUCAAAAUCCCGAUCAUGCACGACAGUUGAAUAAGGAUACCAAGGAUUAG